AUGGCGGUCAGUGAUAUCAUUGCAUCACCUUUUAUCUUUCCAGAUGUAAUAGUGAACGUAAACUUUGACCGCAAAAAGUGGCUGAUUGGUGGGGACAUUGGUAAUAUACUCUGCAAGUUAACUUUGUUUGCAAUAGAAAUGACUUUUGCUGUUUCUGUAUAUAGCUGUGUUGCCAUUGCUAUUGACCGCUAUUUCGCCGUGGCUCAUCCAUUCAACAGACCUUUUGAGGGCAAGAUGAAACACGUCAUUGCAGUCAUUUGGAUUGUUGCAGCCGUAAUAUGUUCACCAUAUUUGUUCUUUUUAACAACACUACAAUAUAACAACUCAUUUUAUUGUGGUGCAUCUUACAAGAACUGGUCAUCGUAUGAGAUUUAUCAAUAUAUCUUAGGUGGUUUGGACAGUGUUUUGCCAGUGUUGUUYAUCACAAUCACCUACAUUUUCACCAUCUACAAACUUUAUCAUCACAAAGUAAACGGAUUGUCAACAUCAGAACGAAGAAGAAGAGAAAAACAAAACAAAAAAGUGUUAAAACAUGCGGUGACAAUUGUGGCUUUGCUUUAUCUUUGUCGCGGUUUUCUGCUCAGUAUUGAAAUUUUGAUGUCUGAACAAAUGUUGAGACAUCUCUCGGCCCCAUCGCGUUUCAAAUUGUAUUUUGCCUCUGUUGUCAUUUACUGCGUCAGUCUUGUGUACAACGUUUUCAUCUACCUCAUCUUCAAUGAUACUUACCGAGAAAAUGUCAAAGCUUUGAUACCCAAGUGUUGUUGUCGAUCUAACGGUAACCGAAGGCAGCAAAUACCAGAUGAGGGUGGAAGGGAAAUGGUAGAGAUACAUCCAGUCAAUUGA